AUGAGGGCUCCGUGUAAAGGGUGGGCAAAUGAUGAAGAAAGGGCACUAGCGCAAUAUGUGUCGGAGGAUCCGAUCCACGACAACGACCAAGACUCAACAAUCUUUAAAGAAAAAGUUUGGCUUAAUUUUUGUCAGCGCAUGAAAAAUAAGUACCGUGAUCCCGAUUCACUUUACUCGAAAUGGCGGACCGCCAAACAAGUCGCAAUGGAGUUCAACGGCAUCUACCUGAACGUGAUCCGCAACCCCCAAAGUGAUGCAACUGAGGUGGAUUUCAUGGCUAAAGUUCGUCAUAUUUACAAGGCGAAAGUCAGAAGAGCUUUUGUCAAUGAAUCAUUUUGGGGAGUUGUGAAGGGCAAUCGAAAAUGA